UUUCUUUGGGCUUCAAUAACUAACUAAAUUGGGAAUAUUAGGAAGGAAUUUUGUGAUCAGGAUCUGAGAAUCGUAAAGAGAGACAAUAGCAAGUUGAAAGAAACCGUCGAAAUUUUUUGCUUGAAUUCGUUGACAUGUCGAAGAGUCUUGAACCUUCCGCAAAUAAUAAGGGCUUUCUUAUCAAUGCCUUGAGAAAAGGAUUAAGAAUGGAUGGUCGUCCAUUAACUGACUUUCGAGAUCUUAAAAUCCAGUUCGGUGAAGAUUAUGGCCAGGUAGACGUUUCUUUGGGUUCGACUAGGGUUAUGGCACGCAUUUCUGCUGAAAUUACGAAACCAUAUUCAGAUCGGCCAUUCGAUGGAAUCUUUGCUAUUACGACUGAGCUUACACCUCUUGCCAGUCCUGCUUUUGAAACAGGAAGAGUAUCCGAACAGGAAGUUAUCAUCUCCCGCCUCAUUGAACAAGCUAUUCGACGUUCAAACGCUUUAGACACGGAAUCCCUAUGCAUAGUUUCAGGACAAAAGUGUUGGAAUGUCCGUGCAAGUAUCCAUUUCAUUAACCACGACGGAAAUUUGGUAGAUGCUGCAUGUAUCGCAGUGAUCACAGCCCUUUGUCACUUUCGAAGACCUGAAAUUACUGUUCUCGGCGACGAAAUUACUGUGCAUUCUAUCGAUGAGCGUGUUCCUGUUCCUCUUUCCGUUCUUCAUACCCCCAUCUGUGUAACAUUUAGCUUUUUUGAGGACGGAAGCUUAUCAGCUAUAGAUGCAUCUCUUGAAGAAGAAGAACUUCGUACUGGUAGUAUGACUGUCACGCUCAACAAAAACCGUGAGAUUUGUCAAAUUUUUAAAGCCGGAGGUGUUACAAUAGACGCUUCUAGUGUGGUUGCAUGUGCUCAUACUGCUUUCCAAAAAACGACAUCUAUCAUUUCGGAAAUUCAAAGGGUUUUAGAUGAGGAUUUAUCUAAAAAAGAGACUCAAUUUUUUGGAGGUUCUGCCGAAAACCAACGCUCUUAAGAAAAAAAAGGAAAUGUGUAUUUAGAUGUUAUUUACUGGUUAUAGAUUGAAUCCUAAUGAUUUCGUUACUAACAAACGGUUGCUCUUGUUCAAUACUUUUGUUCACAUUCUGUUCAUUGAAAAUUGUUAUACACAAUACUUAUUUAUCUAAACGAAAUGACAGAAGAUACCUAUGAAACAACAAGCAAUUUGGCGACGGCAAAAAAGGGGAAAGAAACUAUUGUAUUACUAGAUAAAAAGGAAAACAACAAGAAGCGGCAAGGAAACUGUGGAUACGAGAAUUUAAGGAUAGAAUAUUUUGCUAAUACCGAACAUAUUGAUUAAGGGGAUAGUAAGAAACAAUUGUGACAUAGCACACCUGUGGUAUAGAAAUAGAGAGGACGAUCAUUGUUAAGACAAGGGACAACUCCCAUAGUGGCCAUAUCCAUUCCGCAGAGUCACAUGCAUUGUCUGUAAGCACAACAUUGCUUUGCGAGGAUAAAAUAAUGUUGAUCAUGACAAGAACAAAAUUGAACAUACAAAAGCCAUGGUGUAUUAUUUUUGAAACAAUACACAGCACUCUGAAAAUAACAAGGCAAAAAAAAAAAGAAAACGAAGUAAACAGCUAACAGAAACGAAACCGGUAAGUAAUAUAACCCUAUUUUUAUUGGUAAAAACGAUAAGCAAUGCAUUGAACAUUUAAUCAACAA